ACCCGUGUCAGAGUGAUUUUUCUUCGUACUUGCAACGACGUCGCAGGCCAAAAUUUUGCGUGUGUCGCUCAGUAUUAUUUGAAACGGAAAAAUUCUCGAAAUUUGCUGUGCACUUUUCAAGGUAGAAGCAGUUGCGUAUAGACAGAAAAUUCAUUCCGCAAAAUGAACGCCGCCCAAGCAACACGGGAGCAUGUCCUUGCUCUUACCCGGGACUUCAUCUCCCAGCCACGCUUGACGUACAAGACUGUGUCUGGUGUGAAUGGUCCCUUGGUCAUUCUCGAUGAGGUGAAAUUCCCCAAGUUCGCCGAGAUCGUGCAGCUGCGUUUGGCCGAUGGUACCUGUCGUUCCGGUCAGGUGCUGGAGGUGAGCGGCUCCAAGGCCGUUGUCCAGGUGUUCGAGGGCACUUCUGGUAUUGAUGCGAAAAACACGCUCUGCGAGUUUACUGGCGAUAUUCUGCGCACGCCCGUCUCGGAGGAUAUGUUGGGCCGUGUGUUCAACGGCUCUGGCAAACCCAUUGACAAGGGUCCCCCAAUUUUGGCUGAAGAUUUCUUGGAUAUCCAGGGUCAGCCCAUUAAUCCCUGGUCGCGUAUCUAUCCCGAGGAAAUGAUCCAGACUGGUAUCUCUGCCAUUGAUGUGAUGAACUCCAUUGCCCGUGGUCAGAAGAUUCCCAUCUUCUCAGCUGCUGGUCUGCCACAUAACGAAAUCGCUGCCCAGAUCUGUCGUCAGGCCGGUCUCGUCAAGCUGCCCGGCAAGUCGGUGCUGGACGAUCACACUGAUAACUUUGCCAUCGUGUUUGCCGCUAUGGGUGUGAACAUGGAGACUGCGCGUUUCUUCAAGCAAGAUUUCGAGGAGAACGGUUCUAUGGAGAACGUGUGCCUGUUCUUGAACUUGGCCAACGAUCCAACCAUUGAGCGUAUCAUUACGCCGCGUCUGGCUCUAACGGCUGCCGAGUUCUUGGCCUAUCAGUGCGAGAAGCACGUGCUAGUCAUCUUGACCGACAUGUCCUCAUAUGCUGAAGCUUUGCGUGAGGUGUCUGCUGCCCGUGAGGAGGUGCCCGGCCGUCGUGGUUUCCCCGGUUACAUGUACACGGAUUUGGCCACCAUUUAUGAGCGCGCUGGUCGUGUUGAGGGUCGUAACGGCUCCAUUACACAGAUCCCCAUCUUGACUAUGCCUAACGAUGAUAUUACCCAUCCAAUUCCCGAUUUGACUGGUUACAUUACCGAGGGUCAGAUCUACGUUGAUCGUCAGCUGCACAACAGACAGAUCUACCCGCCAGUGAAUGUGCUGCCGUCUCUGUCGCGUUUGAUGAAGUCUGCCAUCGGUGAGGGUAUGACACGCAAGGAUCACUCGGAUGUGUCCAACCAGCUGUACGCUUGCUACGCCAUCGGCAAGGAUGUGCAGGCCAUGAAGGCUGUGGUCGGUGAGGAGGCUCUGACGCCCGAUGAUUUGCUGUAUUUGGAGUUCUUGACCAAGUUCGAAAAGAACUUCAUCUCGCAGGGCAACUACGAGAACCGCACUGUCUUCGAAUCAUUGGACAUUGGCUGGCAGCUGCUGCGUAUCUUCCCCAAGGAGAUGCUUAAGCGUAUUCCAGCCUCCAUUUUGGCUGAAUUCUAUCCUAGGGACUCGCGCCAUUAGAUUCUGUUUAAAAUUGUUUUGUUUUUGAUUUAUGUCCAAAAUUUUGUUUCAUUCAUAAUUUAAGCUGGCGGCGCAGCGUGCGGCGCGCCCCCUUCUGCAAUAAUCCGCUGUAUAUGCGUCUAUAUAUAUAUAUACAUACAUAUAUACACAUAAACACAAUAUAAACCACGAAACGGAUAUUAAUAUUGUAAUAUCUACGUAUAAAAAAAAUUUGAUUUGUGUAUACAUAGAGAGUCGAAGCGCAGCCUAAACAAUAACUAGUUAAAUAUUCUCUAAUCACUAAAUAAGCGGAAAGUAUUUUAAAUAUGUGUGUGUUUUAGUAAUCAAAAUUGUCUAAAUAUCCUCAAGUGUACAUAAACUCAAUUAAUUGUUCUCUAUUCACACUUUAAAGAAAAAAAACAAAACAUGAACAUUCACCCUACAAUUUUGUUGCCGACACGUCGAUCAUUUGUUAAAGUUUAACCAAUUUUUUGUUAGGUUUUAAGUGUGUGCGCUCCGUAAAUUGUUUAUUAUUUCUUGAUCAUUA